AUGAAUACAAUAAAAAUAAUAAUAUUUCUUUGUGGUGUCAUUCUAUCCUUGAAUGUGGCUGAAGCCACACAUUUUAGAUAUGGACUACUCACUUGGAAGACCAUAUCUAAUACGUCCACUGUACAAUUCUCAUUGAAGUGUGCAUUCCGUAAUAGCUACUUCUCAACUGUCAAUGGUGUAAAUCUAAAGGUUGGUGAUACUUUUAGUUAUGGUGAAGUGACUAUUGUUGAUAGCAAUCUAUUUAGUUUCCUUGAAACCAUGCCUACCAACUUCCUGGUGAACAAUAUUGAUUUGGUUCAAGAUAUUGUAUAUGCCGAGAACGUCUUCACCAUGAAGUGGCCCAAUAGUAUUUGGAGCAACUACAUCGUCUACUAUGAGGAUGGUGAUCGUUUGGCCGAAUUGAACAACAAUGCUAACAAUCCAUGGCAUAUUGAGACUUCUGUACCAAUGUUGAGUGCCAACUGGACCAAGGGAUUGCACAGCUCGCCCGUCUCCAGUAUGAUGCCAAUGAUUGAUGUGUACAUGGGAAGGACCAACACUUUCAAGAUACCAGUGAUCGAUUCCGAGAACUCAGCAUUCACAUAUGCCUUGUCCACAUUGAUUGAGUCACAUCCACCAGGAUUCUCAAUCAAUGCUUCUGGAGUGUGUACCUACACGCCCACUCAAACUGGACUCUGGUCCACUCAGAUCAAGAUUGGAAAGACCAAUCCGAUCAACACUUUCAUCCAUCUUGACUUCCUGAUCCGUGUAUCCCAACCACCUGCACCCACUGCCACCCCACCUUUCCUUGUCGCUCCAACUCCACUCCAAGGCCAGACCAUCACUGUUGAGGAGGGUUCGACGCUCAAUGUUGUAAUCAGAGGCCAGACCAUCAUGCCUGCCACCAGUGUCAAUAUCAUGAUUGGUGAGGUACCCUUGGGAAUGAACGUGUCGAGCCAGACCAACACUCCACAGACUGUCAGUGGCAGCACAGGCACUGUCACACUUUCCUGGAAGCCAACAUCAUCCAAGGUCGGUGUCUACGUCAUAAACAUCGGCCUAACUGACAGCAAAGGUUUGACAAUGACCGAGGGAGUCCAUUAUUUCUACAUAAAUGUUACUUCAUCAACUUGUAACCCAGGCCCAUGUGUCUGUCCCGUUGCCCCUGGCCAACUCUGUGAUGAUGGCAACUCUUGUACCAUUGACACUUGCAAAGGACCAUAUCCAAUCACCCUGGACAAAUGCACUCACACACAAAUCACAUGCGCUGCUCAAUCAGCUGCCGACCCAUGCUUUUCAUGGAGGUGUAUGAACGGAACAUGUGCCAGAGACAUCUCCAGUCCAAAGACAUGCCCAUCCAAGAGCUGCCAGACAUCGAUGUGUGACUCCAACCAAGGUGGAUGCAUCUACCAGUCAUUAUGCCAAUCCACUCCAUGCAUGAACUCUGUCUGUGGCCCCAAUAACCAGACAUGUAUCAACUCUCCAGUCAACUGCAAUGGCAACGACCAGUGUCUCCUCUACUCUUGUGAUGCUGCCCUCGGUUGUGUCUCCAAGCCAAAGAGCUGUGUGCCAGCCUCCCCCCAAACCAUGCACAGCCUACACCUGUGA